CUCCACGCUGCCUACCUACGUGCAGGACACGGCGCUCCAAGUCCACAAGCCCGCUAGCAGACACACUAUUAGGACACCUAGACACACCGUCACCUUUCUAUACCUCUUUUCUCGUUCAUAGACCUACCUAUCGUCCACCCUUUUUAAUAUCCACCGUCGAAACGACCCUCCUCACUUCUCAUCGAGACCGUUCGACCCUGAUACCAACCCCCAACUAGUACCACUACUACUACCACGAUACAACCGCCACCACUACUAUUACUACUACCACUACCACCACUACCACCACUACCACCAUCGAAACACACCGGUACAAAGCAGCAACGUGAGUCGUAAACAUAACAACACUCUUCGAAGACGCACGCGUACAAACAAGCUAUCGUCUAUCGAAGAAACUGAUUUCGCGCUUCUUCAAACUUCGGACUUUUCGUCACGUCUUUUACCUCGCUAAAGUGAUUAAUCAUACGCACUUCGUUCAAUCUCAUUGCUGCUGUUAAUAAUAAUAACCAUAACCAAUCAAGUCAAAGGACGAAGAACAUCGAGAGUUAUUUAGUGAAUAUUAUUCAGUAUUCUCGUUGAUUGUGUUACUGUGAUGUCUACGUGAAAGUAAACACGUGGUAGAAACUAAACCGAUAUUAUUCAGUGGAUCUUUACAGUAGGGGACCAGUGCAUCUUUUUUCACUUUUUCCUUUCCGUCGCAAUUCAAAAAUCUUUUCGAUUCGAUUUUUCGCUAUUUUUUUUUUUUACCAGUGAAAUAUCCUAAUUCAGUGCCUUAACAAAUCAAUUCAUUUUGUCUUUGGGCUAAAAAUAAAUAUAUAAUAAAAUUGUCCAAAUUAUAUGAAAGAAGAGUUUUUAAACGUCGAAAUUGUCCGACGGAAUUUGUCUCUUUCAUCCGACUCAUCUCGUCGUAUAUGAAAAAAUAUCAAAAUAAAAUCGUGAAAUAAUUGGUCGAAUCAUGAAAUAAGGAUACAUGGGGAAUGAAUUGGAACUGGUAGGGCGAUUCGAUCGAUAAGUUAAUCGAUCUUCACGGGUUUUUAAGUGAUUCCUCGCACACAUUCAAUUGUUCUUCUUGAAAGUGUCGGCACUUUAAGUAAUACACAUUAAAAUAAAUCGAACGUAGAGAGGAAAAUAAAGCCAUCUCGAUAUUCGCUCGAACGAUUAGAGUGUUUUUCGAGGAAGAAGAAUAAAAAGUAAAAGAAAAAGAAGAAGAAAAUUCGUUGAACGAUCGUAGCGGAAGAAAAGAAGGAAGUGGAAAAAGAUAAAUAUUCCAGUGAAUAGUCUAACUGAAGGUAGUACUUGCCACGUGAAACUGGUCGCUAUUUCGCCGGGCUAGACAAGCGGCAAAGCCUCGAAACCCCCUGGUUUCCCGCGCACAGUACGAGCGAAGCACACACAACUACCCCGACCAACCAACCGACGAGCCGAGCCGCCGCCACCAACCCCUACACACAACAACCCAACGAAGCAUCCCCCACUCUGAAUCGCACAACAGCCUGAGCGGAAGUGCUAGUCAGUCGGCGAGCGACCUUCCAACAUUACGGGUUAGGUUCCCUCUUUUUCCGCCCGUCGUGUCUUCGUCCUCGUUUGUCUGAACGCGGGGACAAGCUCUGUUGCGGUUCGCGUCAACGUGAAAGAGAGAACGGAGAUAGUAAGAGAAAGAGAGAGAGAGAGAGAGAGAGAGAAAAAGAGAGAGAGAGAAAGGGAAAGAGAGAGAGAGAGAGAGAGAGGGCAAUCACGCGAGAAGAUACGUGCCAUCUCGAGGAGGAGAGAUUACGGGGGGUUGCCGUCGCUUCAUUCAUUUUCUAUAAUAAAUCGUCAACCUGACGAUUACUCUCUACGACAUCCGCCGCAACAGCAUUUGAUACGUCCGUAGAAAAUCAGGAAAGAAGAGAAUACGAAGUGGAAAGUAGUAUAACGAGUAAAGGGAAAGGAAAAUAUAUAGGAUAAUGUCAUUUUGAACGGAUCCCUCGUUCCGAUCAAAAAAAUCAUUGCGAUAUUUCUCACGAUCGAUCAACUAGCAAUUAAAGUGUAUUUCUAUUAUCAUUACCGAUCAUCAUCGAUCCUUCCUCGUACAUCUCCUACCGGUAUAUUAAAGUACAACGAAUAACGAUUGUCUACGAUUAUUAUUUUCUUUAGGAACGCGUGUGUUACAUCUCUGUGCGAAUAUAAACGAUGGACCUAGAGAUCUUUUAGUUAAUUGUGAUACGACACAUUUGCAUACCGAGAAUACAUCGUUGAAGAGCCACCUGUUCGCGAAAGUGAAAUCGACGAUCGACGAGAAUUCCGAGAGAGGAAGAUCAUUACGCGCGAUAGCCGAUUGAAAUGGUGAGAGGAUAAAAAAGUGCCGCUAUUGUGAACGGGAAGGGAGGAUCGCGAUAAAUCGUUGUUGUGUACUUGUUGAAACGUUCGAGCAUGUUACUUUUCCUUUAAUACUCCGAUAACUAUUUCCUAUUCGAAACUCGUGUUGGCGCUAUAGUUGAAGAAAGUUUUCCACGGUAGAGAGAAGUCGUAGCCCUAGAAAGAGGAAGAUCGUAAACGCGUUCGUGAGAAGGACGUUCUUCGUACUCGGGAAGUUUCCGUUCACCGACGUUUCUCACACUGCCUCUUCUGGAGAUUGCGAUCGGAAGCUAUCCCAGCUCGACCACGUGGUUAUGAGUAAGCAUCAGAGGCGCCGUGACUUCUCCCGGUGAACGCACACGUUUAGCUGCCUUGUCUACAUUUCCAUUCAGCCGAUCAACGACAACUACAACUAUACCUUAGCUACUUUUCGGUAUCGAUACUCCUGAAAUUAGUCGGAUCAUUUUCUCGCGAUUAACAAAUUUGUGCACUAUUAUUGAUCGUUGAGCUCUAUUCUUCGAGUAUUUAAUUGACGCGUUGAAAGAUAUCCGAAAUAAUUCGAGUUUGUCGAAGCUGGAAAGAGAUAAAAAGUUUAAUUAAUAGUGAAAUAAACGUAAAGAAAUCGCACGUAAGUGAUAGAAGGUGAUCGAGUUGGAAAGAAAAGAAAGUAGCAAGAUCCCAGCCGCGGGGGAUCCCGAAAGGAAGGAGGGUCCAGCUGAGGUGGUCCAGUCCGGCUCAACGAUCGGUGUCAGGAGGCCGAAUCAGUCAGGCAAUUCAGGAGGGUGGGUGCAGUGGUGCAGUGGUUGCAGGAGGGCCAGCGAGGUUGGGGUGGCCUCGUCUACAGGCGCGUUGGCACCGAGCGCACCGGGCCCCGGGGCUGCGGUGGUGGGCUGCCUGCUUGGGGUGUACCCGUGUUCUCCCUCCUCCACGGGGCCCAGGGGGCCCCUAACUCAUCACCACCUUCAGGCUAUCCCGGCACCACAACAAACGAUCGGCUGCCGUGCCUGUUGCUGUGCGCAUACCAAUCACCAACCUCCUUCGGUCCAGCUUACUAGCCAACGGGGCGGCCUAUCGCUGAGGGUAGCGAGGGUGGCGUCCACCACCUCCGUCCGAGCCGCCCCCUACGCCCACCCCCAGCAUCAAGGGCUGGGGCAGGAGUGCAGGUGUAGGGAGGAGACGGGGGCAUUGGGUGGAGGUGGUGCGCACAUCCUCGGCAGCCCGAUGCUGUUCGUCCCGUUCACGGUGCCCACUUUCCCUGCGACGCACCAUCAGACGACUCAUCCUGCGCAUCAGACACAUCAUCAACAGCUGCAGGCCACCAACCAGAAUCCGGUGCAGCAGCCGCAGCAGCUCAACCAGCUGAAUCAGCUGAGUCACCUGAAUCACCAGGGUAUCGUGCCGCCGACAACCAAUCAACCGACUGUACACAGCACCAGCUGUUCGCCGCAGCAACAAGCGACUACACCGAACAAGGAAAUGAAAGUUAACUGGGCGACAUCGCCGGGCAACCAACCGAAGCAGGACACCAGCAAACACUACCACAUAUUCGUAGGAGACCUGAGCCCGGAGAUCGAGACGCAGACCUUGAGGGAAGCCUUCGCUCCCUUUGGCGAGAUCUCGGAUUGCAGAGUCGUCAGAGAUCCACAAACCUUCAAGUCUAAAGGCUAUGGAUUCGUGUCCUUUGUCAAAAAAGCGGAAGCGGAAAUCGCCAUCGGUACCAUGAACGGGCAAUGGCUCGGUAGCAGAAGUAUUCGAACGAAUUGGGCGACUCGCAAGCCGCCUGCACCAAAAUCUGAAGCGAACGCAAAGCCGCUAACAUUCGACGAGGUAUACAAUCAAAGCAGUCCGACCAACUGCACAGUUUACUGCGGCGGUCUGACCAAUGGUUUGACGGAGGAGCUCAUGCAGAAAACGUUCUCGCCGUUUGGAUCUAUCCAGGAGAUUCGUGUAUUUAAGGACAAGGGAUACGCCUUCAUCAGGUUUUCCACCAAAGAAUCAGCCACGCAUGCUAUUGUGGCGGUACAUAACACCGACAUCAAUGGACAGACGGUGAAAUGCAGCUGGGGAAAAGAAAGCGGAGAUCCCAACAAUGCUCAACAAACUGGACAGGCGUUAUCGUCGGCGACGUACCCAUACUAUGCGGCGGCAGCAGCUGCCGCCGCGGCGGCGGCGGGCGUCGCGGGUGUCGGAGGCGUCGGUGGCGUCGGGGGUGCCGGCCAGCUCGGCUACUGGUAUCCGCCCCAAUCUUACCCGACAACGGCAACGCAGAUGCAAGCCGGUGGUUUCCUUCAGGGAAUGCAAGGCUAUACUUACGGUCAGUUUGCAGGAUACCAGCAGGCGCAGUAUAUGGGAAUGGGAAUGGGUGUCCAUGCUGCUGGCACAGCAGCUGGAUGGGGCCAAGGAUUACCUGGGGGACCGCAGUUACCACCACACCACGCUACGACGGUCACGGCACCCCCAGGGGUUCAAGCCGCACCUCCGCCUCCACCACCCCCGGCGCAAAUGAUGGCCUAUCCGAUGCAACAAUUCCAGCUAGCGGAUGAGGACUGGCUGACGCCUAGCCUUCUAGUGUGAUGGUAAGCAAGUACAUCCCACCGACAGGAACAACUUCUAAAGCAACAACAUUUACCACCAUCGACAGCAACAUCAACAUUUCCGUCACCAUCGACGCCACCGCGACAGCAAAAGCAGUAAAAAUCGUGCCGCUUCCGGCCUGACGUCUUGCGACACGAAGGGCAAUAAAGGUCGAGAAACGAAUAUAAUAUUAGCUUAACAAAACAUACAGAUGUAUGGGGGAGGGGGAGGGGAGUAAGGUUGAUAGAAAGUGGAAUAUAGAGAAGAGGAGAUAGAUAGAAGGAGAGAAGAAAAUAGAAAGAAGGGUAAGGAGGAAAGGUAAGGAAAGAAACGAAGAAGAUAAAAAAGCCGUGAUAAAUUUUAUGCAAGAUCCUUUCAUCCUUAACCACCCCAUUACGAAUUUCCACUGAUCCUCCGUCGAUUUUAAUUGACUCAAGCUUGCAAAAGUGGAAAGGGAUAAAAGAAGAAGAAGAAGAGAAAACGAGUGAAAGAAAAAAAAAAAUAGAGAAGAAAUUCCGCUGUUGUUGAGCAAUCGGUGACGACAUCCUCUCGCGUUAGUCCGCAAGAGAUCUUAGUCUAUUUCUAGUCUCAAAUAAUUUUAGGUAGUGUCUCGCCGUGUCACGUUAGUGUCAAGCGCUUAAGCACGAAAACACACGAAUUCUCGGAUGCACGGACCAACCACACACGUUCGCGCAGCAACAGUUGUCUUAGUUUUACUACAACAACGGUCGACUUUAUGAAUGCACAACGCACGCACGCUUGUCGAAAGAGAAGAAAAGAGAGAAAAAGAUGUAGAGAUAAAGAUGAAUCAAUUGCUUAGAUUAUGCACGCGCACGCGUCUACGAUCGUGCGAAAUCGAUCAUCAAAAACUAAUUAGUCUCGUCUCCCUGAUGGCAUCUAUAUACAUACAUACAUACAUACAUACCCCAACCCCAUCCUUAUUCCCUUAAUCCUCUUGCGCUGUGUAUAGUGCGUGCUUUUCGAAGAAAAAUUUUUUCCAUAUGGACCCUUUCGUCCUAUGAAAGAGAAUAAAGUGGAAAAAGGUAGAGAAUCAUCGGAUACUGAUCUGUUUCGUUAUUUUUAUAGUUUUGGGCAUAAACGUGAAUAGAGAAAGAAAGAAAGAAAGAAAGAGAAAGAAAUAUGGAGUGUGUGUAAUCGAUAAAAAAAAACUUGAACUCGCACCGCCGUAAGAGUGCGGAGUAAUCUUUUUAAUUCACGGUGUAUAAAGACUAGAUAAAAAAUGAAAGAAAAAAGAAAAUGUCUCGUGAAGAAGAAAUAUCGCGAGUUUACUCGAGAGGGGAGAAAAAGAGCGAGAGCGAGAGAAAGAGAGAGAGGAAGAGAGGAAUAUAUAAAAAGAAAAUUAUUAUAAACGAAACCCAACAAGUAGAUAGUUAGAUAGGUAUAUUAUAUUACAAAAGUUGCUCGACAGACGAUCCGAAAUUCGGCGGCAAAGCGGAGGCGAACUUUUUCCGAUUAAACUCACGAAUAAACUAAACGACGAUGAUCUAAGCGUUUUUAAUACUGCGCGAUCACUUACGCUCGCAAUCUCCGAUAAAAUAAUUCUUAAUAAACAAAUGCUAUUGCGAAUCAGUACAACCAAACGUACUCUUUCUUAACUUUUACAAGAGAAAGGGAGAAAGAGAUAGAGAGAUGGAAAGAAAGAAUAAAGGAGAUCUAUUUGCCAGGUGCGAGAGUAUUUCAUACACGCAUGUGCAUUUAUACAUACGUAUUUGCUAGAACAAACUCGAGGCCAAAAAGACAAAUCAUCCGAGUGGGUCAUCGUGUAUAAACAAAGUAGAUGAGCAAAUAAAAAAAAAAUAUAUAUAGGAAAAGAGAAAAGUUAGAAGAGAAAGAGAGAGAGAAAGAAAGAGAGAGAGAAGUUGAAAGAAAAAAAAUUAGAAAUGGACUGCUCGACACUCUCGAAGUAUAAACAUUUUUAUUAUUAGUUCUCGUCCAAACCGAUUUCUGACAUCCGGCGAGACAAAUAUUUUUAUAAAAGGAUCGUCGGUGUGCGAGCUUCGGGUCUCGCGACGCUCUCGAUCGUCACGUCACCGUCGUCGUCGUUAUCGUCGUCGUCGUCAUCGUUGCCGUCGCCGUCAUCGUCGUGCGGCCGGUCAAUCGCAGUAAUAACCCUUGGUGGUUUUUAAAUAAGCGUUAGAUUUUUAUAUAAUACUAAAGUACAUACAUAGAACCAAACACUAACAAAGAAGAAUAAUAAGGAGAAGGAGAAAAAAAAGAAAUUAUGAAACUCGUGACUUUAAGGACACUUAAGCAAUAAACCGUUAAGCUUACAAAUGGGUAAAGAUUAAAAUAAUAGACAAAAUAAAAAAAAAAGGCUUUAGCAAUCUCUCAGCCUCUCUGUAUAUCGCUCUUUAAAAAGAGAAGAGAAAUAAAGGUGUUUUAAACUGGCGAACGGAAGUCGCGCAUUCUCAACAACGAAUGAAGGCUUUGGGAGGAGACACGGAGAAAGGAGAAAAAGAAGAAUCGACACACGAAUAUCCUCCACGUGUAUUUAUGCAUUCCCCGCGUAAUUAAAUCCUCCGAACGAAUAAAAUUAAAGAAAAGAAAAAAGAAAAUAAGAAAAAAAAAAGAAAGAAAAGAAAUGAAACACGGUCUCCACGAUGUCCCGAAUUUCGACUCGGCUAAUUUAUAAAAGUAAAAAAAAUGAAUGAAUAUCGAGAUCGUCGGUUAUUGUAAUAAAGAUGGUGUGAAUAAUAACUAUGAUAAUCUGUAUGAAUGAACUAGUACGUACGAUCGAAAGAAAGAGAGUGAGAAUGGAAGAAUGAGAGCGUAAAAAGCGAUAACGAUGAAAUAUAUAUAAAUAUAUAUAUAUAUAUAUAAAUAUAAAUAUAAAUAUAAAUAUAUAUAUAUAAGUAUAUAUAUAUAUAUAUAUAAGUAUAUAUAUAUAUAUAAAUAUGAUUGCACAAGCGAAAAAAUGAAAAUGAACGAUACGAAAAAGAGAGAGAGUUAAAUACAAUGCGUAGUUAGAAAUAUUGCACAAAACAGCACGAAAGUUACAUUAUAUAGUGGCAUUGAAUUUCCUUCUCGUGUACGCGCGUCGUGUCUAUCAUCGGUCCAGUAAGUAGUAAAAGAACGGCUGCCAUAAUCGAUUCGAAUUCGAUCAUCUUUCGUAAAGAUCGUUACAUAAAGUGUUAGCAGAAAUUAAAGUAGUUGGACGCAGAAGGUGUAUAUGCGUGUGUGUAUGUAUAUAUUUUGCAAAUAGAUGGGUGGAUUGAGAGAGAAAUAAAGAGAGUAAGAGAAUAAGAAAGAGAAAGAGAAAGAGAGAGAGAGAGAGAGAGAGAGAGAAAGAGAGAGAGAGAGAAAGGACAUAAUGGCGAUAGAAUAGAAGGAGAGAGGGAAGCAAAGGUUUUCGAUACUUGAAAAGGUAGAACAAGGCCGAAGUGUAGAAACUGGUAGAGCGCAAGCAUCAUCUAUCUCCAUGUUCCAUCUUUUAUCUCUCUGUCGCCUCCGCUUCCCUUUUGUCUCUUUUAUUUUUUUCUUUUCUCUUUCUCCCUCCUUCUCUCUUUCUCUCUCUCUCUCUUUCUCUCUCUCUCUCUCUUUCUCUCUCUCUCUCUCUUUCUCUCUCUCUCAUUCUCUCAUUUUUAAGCACUAACAGAGCACGGAGUUCUUGCACCAACAAGAGCCACGCGCUCCCAACUUCCAGCAGCUACCCUCCCAGUCUAAACUAUAUAGAUGUAUGUUUCUUCGUGCACCGCGAAAUCCUCUCUUUGAAGCCGACGAUGAAAUCCAUGUUUGCCUAUCCCUCAAAAAUGAAACUGUCUCAUCCUGUAGGAGUGCGUCGAUGGAUAGAAAGUCCAUGAACUUUUCCGCGAAACAAUGAAUCAAAGGAACCGAUAUAUAGAAAAUAUAUAGAACGUACAUUGGAAAGAGAAGAAAAGGAAGAGAGAGAGAGAGAGAGAUAGGAUGUUAUAGGGAAAUAGUGAAUGAGACGAAAGGAAUGAAUAGACGGGAAGAGGAGAUAAAGAAUGGUAGGAAUAGUAACGACAGACAACGAACGAUAGAUCACUUUGUUAUUAAUCAAAAGAGAUAGGGCAGAUCGUGUUUUAAGCGAAUCAAAAGCGUUCAACGUUUUCAAAUCAAAAGGACAAGAUGAUCAAAGGGUGAGACGUAGCAGCAGCGGUAAGAGGGAAAGGAGGAGAGAUGUUUGCCUGGUAUCCGGAGACGCCAGGAAACGUAACUCCGAAUGAACGAACGAACGGACGGACGAAUGACGAAAUCGAAGUUUUCGAGAGGUAACGUCGGUCGCGUUGUGUUUUUCUCUCUCCCUCUUUCUCUCUUUCUCUCUCUCUCUCUCUUUUUCUCUUCCCCUUCACUCUUUUUCACCUGCUCUCCUUUUUCUCCCUUUUCUCUUCUCAUUUUUUUUUACUCUCUUCUCUUUUCCAACCCCUCGAAUCGCGUCGGGUCGCGUUGAUGAAAAGCACGAUCCGCUUGGAAUUCGUAACGUUCACAGACGAAUAUUAAAGGGGAAAAAAAAGAGAAAAGAAGAAAAGAAAGAGAGAAAGAGAUAGAAUGAUAGGUAGUGGAAUCCCGUUAACGCAUCGUUUCGCGGGCUUUAAACCACAUUAAGGACUUACGAAAAGAGAAAGAGAGAGAGAGAAAGAGAGAGAGAGAGAAAGAGAGAGAGAGAAAGAGAGAGAGAGAGAGAGAUGCAAAUGUCAGCUAAUAAUCCUAAGGUCUUCUCUCAACUGGCAGUGAUAAAUACAGCAGUUAUACCUGCUGUAGGAAAAUGCGAAAAAGACCGACUGGCGCCGAUGUGAUCUCGAUGCGUGUAACAUAAUUCGAUCAAUUUCAUUUCAUUUUCUACGUUUGUUCUUAAACAAAAAUAUCGAAUGUAACUUUUUGUCAGACGAAAUCACGCAUCGUUAAAUCGAUUAUAGAGACGUCCAAUUUGACGGACAUUCGAGGAAAAAUUUUUUAAUAAUUAACAUCGAAAGAAAAUUUCUCUUUUAUCCCAACCGCUGUAUAAUAUAAUAUUCUAGAAGCGCCUUAUGUGGACACGGCGCAAACGUAUUGAGAAGGAGUAACAAAAUGAUAACAAACGAAAAAAAAAUAUAUAUAUAUACAAACAUCAUACCUGCGCACAGCGGCGAUGAUGAAAGCUGUUAUUUUGAAUCGUCGCGCGUGAGCGUAGCGCGCGCGUUGUGCGUGGUGGAAAUAAUAGAUAGAUAGAUAGAUAGAUAGUUCAUAAGUCGAAUGAGGAGACAUGAAAAAACAUAAGGGAGAAAAACAAAAAUCAUGUACAUUAUUAGUUAGGCGAAAAAGAAAUAAAAAAAAAAAAAUAUAGGAUAUUUUUGUGAAAAGUGGGACGAGAUAGAGAGAAACAGAGAGAGAGAGAAAGAGAGCAAACUUAACGUUUGUGCGACGAAUCUCGCCAACAAUUUAGUGUAAUAAUAAAAAAAAAAGAAAAAAAAAAAGAAAAAAUACAGAGAAAAAACAAAAAAAAAAGGAAAGAACGAAAAAAAAUAAGUACGCGCAACAAAAUAGCAACGAAACGAGCAAUUUAGAAAAUUUAUCGGAAUAAUCUUCUAACGGAAUUCUAUAUCUCGAAAGUGCUCGUAAAGGUCAGAAGGACUAAAGAGAAAACUUUAAUCUUUCUUACGUUUCCUUGAUUUUUUCCUUCUUCCCUAAACGCGGAUAAAAAAGUCUCACUCCCUCUCGACGAAAACGCGUCUCGUUGCGCCUCUCGUCUCGAUUCCACUUUUAAGAUGGAGUUCCCCGGGGCCGGAUCUCUUUCAAAGAAUCAGCGGGGAUGACUCGUCCUGUAUAAAAUGUUUUAAGAAAAAGGCGCCUUAAACAAUUGAGGUGUGUAUAUUAACUUUAAGCGUAGUAGUCUCGUACUGUUAUCUAGAAAGCGAGAGAGAGAGAGAGAGAGAGAGAGAAAGAGAGAGAGAGAGAGAGAGAGAAAGGACACCGUGUGAAGCUAGCCAAGUAAAUGGACGCCCACCAAAGGGGAAACCAAAAAAUGUAGUGUAUAAUAAAAAUAAAGUGAUAAGUAGGUAAUUUUAAUUUAAGCUAUGCUAGCGAAAUGUUAAGGAAGCGGAGGAGGAGUGUUAAUGAAAAUGUGAACGAAAAGAAGGGACGGAGGGUGUAAGAAAAAUUUCAGAAAAGAAAGGAAAGAAAUACAAAGGAAAAAUAGGAAAAAACUUAUUAACAAAAGUUUUUUCCGAAGGAAGAGCAAAAGGAUAAAAAAAGAUGUGUGUGUAGGAGAGAAUUUGCAAAAUCCACUUAUGGUACCUAAGACUUAAGGACGGCGAAGCGUCCAAUUACAACGCGAACAACACAAAUAGCCAUUACACAUUUGAAGGAACGUAUGUACACGCGUAAUCUUUACCAAUACAUACCUAUAUACACAAUGAACACGCGCAUGUAAAUACACACGUUCGAAGGAGACACUCCGUACGCGCACCAAUCCGUUAUAUAUACAGACAACACUUAUGCAUACAUAUACACACAACAUAUAAAUAAAACAGCGAGAAAACACCACACCACCUGUACAUCGUAGCCAUACGCGUAGAAAACGUAGCGGCGAGAGAAACUUAAACGAAAAACUCUAGACGUAGUGUCUAGCCUAGUCUAGCUUGUCGGUCAUUAAGUUUACGAGUAAGAGGAAAAAAAAAUGUCGUCACGUGAAAAAAAUAGCGCAGUAAGAAAUUAUAUCCUCAGAACGCAUACCAGAGCACCGUUACACCACGGCGUUACACGCACACGCGCACACGCGCACAAUAUUAACACGCGCCGCGGCUGCUGCCACCCUUCAACCCUCUAAUCGUUCGCCGGAGUCUUCAACUGGAUUCGGAAAUUCUACGAGAACCCUUACAACGUGUCCGAUACCAAUGCAAUUCUCGUCGUUGCAACAACGACAAUUUUUUCCAUCAUCGUCCUUUAAGCUUUUCAGCAAGCUGCCGCUUCUGGGAUUUAUCGAAUCAUGACAUUUACGAGUUAUGGUGGAAUCUAAUUUCUUCUUCUUUUUUCUUUCCUCUUCUUCGCUCUUCUUCCUUAAAGAGCAAUUUCAUCCCUCUCUCUCUCUCUCUCUCUCUCUCUCUCUUUCUCUCUCUCUCUUUCUCUCUCUCUCUCUCUCGAUCAAUUCUUUAUAUUUCUUUCUUUGUAUCCUUUUUGCUUCGCCAUUCUUUAUUCUCUCCUCCUCCUCUUCCAAACCCUAAAUCAUUCCUCAAUGGCAAAACGCAAUUCGAAAUUCGCUGGCACACGAUUCUACGCGUCACAGAUUUUCUUCUAACGGAAACUUAUCGGGUGAUAGCCGACAAUCAUUGAAGAAACAUAACUUUAGAAAAGUCCUCUCGUUCUUUUCUCGUCGGGGAUAUUAUACGAUAUGUAUAUGUAUGUAGUAGGAAGUAUGUGAUACGUCUUAGCGAGGAUGUUCCAUGAGAGAGAUCUACUAAUACCUUCGCAAAAGUUCCGUCUCGCUAGAUAAUCGAUAUGACAUUGUAUUUUAUAUUAAUUUAUCACGCACCAAAUCGUUCUCCGUUUAUCCGUCGUUAAUCGAUUAACAGCAGCAGCUCAACGAGCUCUCCGUCAGAGAUUUUCUUAACGAUAUAAUAUGUAUAUGUAUCAACCUACUUAUGUGUAUAUAUCGUGCGAAGACAAGCGAGGUGCAAUCGUCCUUUUCAUUAUUGUAUUUUUUUAUUAAUUAUACUUUACGAUAAGCGUAGAAAGUCUAUCCUGGUCGUCGUGUGCGUUUUUACUCAAAAAGAAAGAAAGAAAAAAAAAGAAACAAACAAAAACAUAAGGAAAAAAAAACAAAGGAAACGAUCUUCUCAUCUUUGUGAUCCAUCCGUUCCUGUCGAAUUCAAAAACAACCCUUUGAUGCUAGUAAUUACACUUUGUAAAGGGAAAGAGGGCAGCAGUCAGGCCAGUUGGUAAAUACUUUAACCGAUUCGCGGAGUUACCCCGAGUAAUAAUGCUUAGAAUUUAGUGACACGAACGUUUUAAAUGAAACGAACACGAUUUCAAAAAAUAAUGCAGAAUAUUGCAAAUGAAAACAAAAAAAAAAUGAAAAAUAACAAAAGUAGGAACCGUUAAGCAUAGGCAUAAAAGUAAUAUAUAUAUAUAUAUAUUACGCGAAAGACUACAAAACAAGACGUGCACAUCUAUAUAUAUGAUACGAAAAUUAUGUAUAUUAUAUAUACAUACAUGUGUAAGAAAAUAAAGCAUUAACCGACAACUAGAAAAUAUAUCGAAUAACAAAUUAAAAAAAAAAUAUAUAUAUAUACACACACACAUAAGCUUAACGAGAAUAAAAAGGAAGAAGCGUACGUGGUGGCGUUAUAAAAAGAGGAUGAACAAAAAAAAAACAUAAUGCGUGUAAAUGCGUGGCUCGCGAGAUAAACCAAACACUGUGUUAAAUACUUUUAGCUAUAAGCGAGAAAAAGAGAACUCGAACUACCAUUCGAAUCGUAUAUAACUCGUAAGAGAAUAAAUAUAAUAUAAACAACAGAACAAAAUAAAAAACAAACACAUUGUAGCUAGCCUGCCGGACCCCCUGAGCCCUUAUACAUAUAUACAUAUAUAUAUAUAUAAAUAUAAGUAUAUAUAUAAUACGUGUAAUGUAUUAAAUACAAGGGAGAGAGAGAGAGAGAGAGAGAGAGAGAGAGAGAGCGAUAUAGUACGAUCGAGCGAAAGUGUGAGAGAGAGAGCAAAUAAAAGAGACACAGCGCGCCUCGGUAGAACAAAAUAAACCAAAAAACAAUAAAAGUCAAAGAAAAAUAAAACAGAGAGAGAGAGAGAGAGAGAGAGAGAGAGAGAGAAAGAGAGAAAACAGGGAAAAGUGUAAGGAGACAUACAAAAAUGGAUAUUAUUAAAGAAAAUAAAUAAAAAAAAAAAAUAAAAAACAAAAAAAAACAAAAAAAAACAAAAAAGCCCCAAAAAAAGGAGAGAUGAAGGAGAGUUGCUACCAAAAACAAAAAAAAGAUCAAAUUUAUGGUAAUUACGAUCGCGUCCGAUUCAUACAGAGAAAAAAACACCUACGACGUUCCUUCAUUUUUUCGUAGUUUUUCGUACGAGAAGACGACGUGCGCGUUACGGGCCUCCACGCAAUCGGUCCACCCCCAUCCAACCCCAAACCCCCAACCCGGCGCGGCAUGCGGCAUAUCACUUACGACCGUACGCUAAGGAGUUAGGUGCCUUUUUCCACAUCGUUAUGUGUGCGUGUAAUUCUUGGAAGGGGAUAACGAGGAUAACGCGAGAGAACGAAAACGAACGAGAGGGAGAGAGAGAAAGAGAAAGAGCGAAAGAGAGAGAGAGAAUGGAAAAGUCGGUAAUCAUUGCGAAGAUAAAUGCUAAAGAGGAGAAGGGGAGGGUAGGGUGAAAAAUAAAAGGGUGAAAUGGCAGAACGGAGUUCGAGGAAAGAGGGGCCGGUUUUUGACAUCCAUCCAUCGUGCAUCGUCCGACUUUUUUCCAAGAAGUUGCGGAAGAAGUUUCGCUCUCGAACAUGCUGUGUGUGUAUAUGUAUCUGUAUAUGUGUAGUUUAAUGGGAGGAGACGAAGCGAUGCAUGGAAGAAGAAACGGACCGUGCACGACGAAAGCAACAAGAGAACAAAGAAAAAGAUAAAUGAGGAAAAAAGAGAUAAACGAAAAACGAAAGUGAAGAGGGUAAAAUGUAGGAAGGAAAGGAAGGACGAAAGGAAGUGUAUAAGGGUAGGGUGUAAAAAUGGCGUUCGAGCGCGCUUACACGAUUUAAGUAACGUAUACUUGCGUGAUUCAAUGAGAAAACGGCCCGCGGGGUCCCAUGGCAGCCUCGUUGCGUAUUUAAGUUUAAACGGCGAGGAGUAGAAAUGGAGUAAAAUAGGAAAAAAAGGAGGAGGAGAAGAAAGAGAAGAAAGAGGUGGUGGAGAUAGUAUGAGCGCGCGCGCGCUCCAGUAUAUAUACCGAAGGACAGUUUCGUGAAACAACGCCGGGCGUAGCCUGUAUAAUGUACAUGUAAUUUCACAAAAACCCGACGGAUAGCCGACGAUACACAUAGAACAUACACGUAUAUCCAGUUACACUAAGACACAGAGGUAUUGCAAAUAAUACACAUACACACAUACACAUACUUACACUUAGUACAUCACCGAAGUCAAAUGCACACAACUACGCAGCAUACACACAUAUAUACACUUACGCGUGCUGCACGUACGAAAGUGCAUUGGUAUAAUAAGGGAGCGAAAAGAGCGUGAGAGAGUAGGAGAGAAAGAGAGGGAGAGAUAGGGAAAGGGUGCAACAAGAAAAAAAACUUAAGCGAGAGGGAGUGAGAGAGAGAGAGAGAGAGAGAGAAAGAGAGAGAGAGGGAGAGAGAGAUACCUCUAGAGACAAGUCUCACACGUACAAUAGAAUCGCGAGACGCCCUGGGACGUGCGUGAGAAAACGUGUAUGAUAUUAUAUAUACAUAAACAUAGCAUAUAAAGUAUAUUAUAAAAACAAAAAAUGAUGAAUAUAAAUAAAAAAUAUAUAUAUAAAUACUAUAUGAAAAAAAGUAAACAAAGUAUAAAUAUGAAUGAAGUAUAUAAACGAGAACAUAGGAUAAAAUACGCUUAGGCUUAAGGAUAUAAGAUAUUAUUAUGAUGAUGUAUGGUUGGUUUAUAAUGUAAAAUAUAUUAUAGAAAAUGUA